AUGGAAUAUCACGGCAGCGAGGGAACCAACAGCAAACCGACGAUCGGCAGCGGUGGCGGAAGUAGCGACUCCCAGACCGAUGCCUCCUCGUCUGGAUACGCCAUCCGGGCCCGCCGCCUGUCACAGCAGUUCUCCGCCAACGCCUACCUGGUUCCUGCCUUCAACGCCUGCGCCACCGGGCCAAACUCCAACGGCAGCAGCCCUAACGACGUCGACGCCUCCCUCCUACGAUACACCCGUCCCCACCUCUUCAGCAACUCCUCCUCGUCCGAUGAAAUGCCCCUCCUCCGGCAGUUUCUGAACCUGCGCUCCUCUCCGGAUUCCUCCCUGUCUCCCGCGGGGAUGACCCUGACUCCGCCGGGUAGGUCCCCCGCGGUUUUCUGCACGCCAGCGAAGGGCGCCGUGCUGGAGGACGGCGUCUUGGUGAUCAAUGACGAACCGCACGGCGACAACCGGGUCUGCCACGCCGCCACCAGGCGUCUCCUCGCACUAGGCCCCUACUCCGCCAACAGCAACACCAACAACGUCCGCAACGGCGGCGGAAACGGGCACUUCCACAGGGUGCAGAGCCGCAGAUCUUUCGAGGACGAAGGGUACGCCAUGGAUUACCAGGUACACCUCUCCCGGGAUAUCUCUGCUUUCACGCCUCCGAAGUUUACCCUUCGUCUCAUCUUCAUCGAGCAGAUGGUGGGGUGGCUGUCGAACGCUUCUCAGAGCAAGCAAUUCAGCAGGAACCGCCCCAUCCCUCCUCCGUCGCCGGUGACGAACCAUUCUAUCUAUUUCUCGAUCACGCGGAGUUCGUCUACCCUUGACUUUUACACAGAGUAGUACAUCUAUCUGCAGCAGCAGAGCUCCGCCUCCGAAGAUCCAUUCCCAGUCUGCGCCAUUAGCACCUGCACGGAGUCCCAGCCCCCCAGGAUGCGGACGACGGAGGGCGACGAGAGGCCGUUCAUGGCCAGCGAGAACACGCCGCCGCCGCCGCCGCCACCGCCGCCGCCGCCCCCGUCGGCUUCCACCUUCGAUUGGCCGCCGUCAGAGGAGGAGGAGGCGGAACUGGAGCGGAUUCUCCAUGGCCCUCGCCGCUGGAGGCGGCUGCCGGUGUUCUCCCUCAUCUGCCCCGAAGACUAG